GACACCUGAGCCAGUCUCGGCAGCAUCGUCCGGCCCGAUCCUGCCCUCGCCGUCGCUCGCGUCCUUGCGUCCUUCAAAGAAAGCAAAACUCCAUGUCAACCCGGCUCAAGAUUCCCCGGUCGCCGCCCUCUCUCGAUCCAGCCGGCUGGGCGAGUUCAAGCGGGGCGCUGCCAGCCGCAGCGACCGGGGCAUUUUUUCGAAUCGGCAGCGCGGGAUGAUCCGCCAAGCACUGAACAGCCGGAUCCCGCCGCCGACCCUGGCUGCACCCCGGCGGAAGAAAGAUGCGUCGUGGUACAUCGAGCCGGUGGUCUCUGGCUGGGACCAGGAGCUCGAGUGGUGCUUUGCUGGCCUGGCUGCCACGAGGCAGGAGUGGCAGGGGUAUGUCCCCUGUCCAGGCGCAUCAUGGGACUGGAGCCAGGAUACGGACCUUGCAUCUCCCGCACCCAAUCACGACACCGGCGUUGAAGGACAGGGCCCUCGUCUCAGGCACCAGGCGCCCGCCUUGCCACACACAGCCGCUGUCGAGACCAGAGACCACGGCGGCCCAUUGACAAGCAUCGAAUACGUCGAGUCCGAGAUCCGUACGACUAUAUCCGAAGCUUCUCUGGCAGAGACCGCCCUCGAGAAUGAAAUGGAUGCAGUGGCUGAGGAACUUGCGGAUCCGGCGGGCAGCGCGCUUACCGACGGUGCGACCGCCGCCGAAGCAGCCAUCCAAGCCGACGCUGUGAUCGGGCCGCUCGACAUGGCAUCGACAGAGAAGAUCGUGGUGCUGCCCAGCGCCCGUCUGCCUCUCUCGCCAAACUCCCCAAGCUCGCCUGGCGCCCUCCCAAACACGGCAAACGACGCAUCGUUCAUUGCCUCUCCGCCCCGCGCCUGAUCGACUGUCGCAGUAACGCCCAACUCCAAACUCCUUCAUCUAUCGGUGCCCUCGUCCGGAUCUUCUCCCACCCUUUGGCGUUUCCGUCCUUGCUUCUGUUAUUUCUCCCUCCCCUCCUUUUGCAACUACGAUAUGCAUAUCGCGCUUGCGCUUCCCCCACCCCCUCCUCCCAAAUCAGCUCCGACAGAAGCUCCGCCAGCAAGGCUUGUCGAGUAU